GUCUUCAAUGGAGAUGGUGAAUAUUCAACUCUCUUCUAUCGAAACAGGAAUGGUGUGGUCUCGGAGGUUGAAUUUACGUCAAUCGGCGUACCUUUUGCGAAGUCCAUUAUCCUCAUCCUCACCUCCAAACUGACCGUCCACUGUGGAAUGCUUCUCCCACCUCCCCCCUCCCCCACACUUGAUGGAUUCUGCAGAGAAGCAUUCUUGAAGAUGGUUUUUUUUUCCAACAAAAUGCCUCCAGUCUCUGUUUGGGAGUCUGGCGAGAUGCCUGCCGAGGUGCAUUCUCGUGGCUGCUUCCUUAACCAAUUUACAAAUCUCUUCAUUUCCUUGCCCACUGCUAUCAUCACCACCGCCGAUAUCUGA